AUGAAGCGGGGGAGCCGCUGGGUUCUCCCUUUGAUGUCCCGCUGGACAUCACACCUGACAAACUACAGCUGGUCUGCAAUGUACUGCUACAGAAGGUACACACACACACCACCCUACAACACUCACACACUGCAGUGUACUGCCGUAAAUCCCCACGUACAGCCCCAUGAUUCACACUUAACUUCCAUCUCUCUAACCCUCCCUCUUACUCUCUUUCCCUCUAUCUUGUCCUGUUGACCCCAGGAAGAGUAGCUGUUGUGAUAGUAACAUCUAAUGGGGAUCCAAAUAAACGAAUGCCUCUUCUCCUCCCCCUCCCUAUCGCUCCAGGAGGAGCCGGUGCCGUUGGCGUUCUUUGUGCGUGGCGAGGCGGAGGUGGUAGAGAGUCUGAGGGUGUGUGUGAAGGCCCUGGGGGCAGAGACUGAGACAGUUCUGCCCGUAGUGUACCAACCCCAGGCAGUGUUCAGGGUCAGGGCUGUGGCUCGCUGUACCUCCUCACUACAAGGACACACAGAGGCUGUCAUCUCUGCCGCAUUCAGCCCUACUGGGAAGUAAGUAUACACACACAGACAGAGAUACAGUGAGGGGGGAAAAGUAUUUGAUCCCCUGCUGAUUUUGUACGUUUGCCCACUGACAAAGACAUGAUUAGUCUAUAAUUUUAAUGGUAGGUUUAUUUGAACAGUGAGAGACAGAAUAACAAAUAAAAAAUCCAGAAAAACGCAUAUAAAAAUUGUUAUAAAUUGAUUUGCAUUUUAAUGAGGGAAAUAAGUAUUUGACCCCCUCUCAAUCAGAAAGAUUUCUGGCUCCAAGGUGUCUUUUUAUACAGGUAACGAGCUGAGAUUAGGAGCACACUCUUAAAGGGAGUGCUCCUAAUCUCAGUUUGUUACCUGUAUGAAAGACACCUGUCCACAGAAGCAAUCAAUCAAUCAGAUUCCAAAUUCUCCACCAUGGCCAAGACCAAAGAGCUCCCCAAGGAUGUCAGGGACAAGAUUGUAGACCUACACAAGGCUGGAAUGGGCUACAAGACCAUCGCCAAGCAGCUUGGUGAGAAGGUGACAACAGUUGGUACGAAAAGAACUGUCAAUCUCCCUCGGCCUGGGGCUCCAUGCAAGAUCUCACCUCGUGGAGUUACAAUGAUCAUGAGAACGGUGAGGAAUCAGCCCAGAACUACACGGGAGGAUCUUGUCAAUGAUCUCAAGGCAGCUGGGACCAUAGUCACCAAGAAAACAAUUGGUAACACACUAUGCCGUGAAGGACUAAAAUCCUGCAGCGCCCGCAAGGUCCCCCUGCUCAAGAAAGCACAUAUACAGGGCCGUCUGAAGUUUGCCAAUGAACAUCUGAAUGAUUCAGAGGAGAACUGGGUGAAAGUGUUGUGGUCAGAUGAGACAAAAAUCGAGCUCUUUGGCAUCAACUCAACUCGCCGUGUUUGGAGGAGGAGGAGGAAUGCUGCCUAUGACCCCAAGAACACCAUCCCCACCGUCAAACAUGGAGGUGGAAACAUUAUGCUUUGGGGGUGUUUUUCUGCUAAGGGGACAGGACAACUUCACCGCAUCAAAGGGACGAUGAACGGGGCCAUGUACCGUCAAAUCUUGGGUGAGAACCUCAUUCCCUCAGCCAGGGCAUUGAAAAUGGGUCGUGGAUGGGUAUUCCAGAAUGACAAUUACCCAAAACACACGGCCAAGGCAACAAAGGAGUGGCUCAAGAAGAAGCACAUUAAGGUCCUGGAGUGGCCUAGCCAGUCUCCAGACCUUAAUCCCAUAGAGAAUCUGUGGAGGGAGCUGAAGGUUCGAGUUGCCAAACGUCAGCCUCGAAACCUUAAUGACUUGGAGAAGAUCUGCAAAGAGGAGUGGGACAAAAUCCCUCCUGAGAUGUGCAAACCUGGUGGCCAACUACAAGAAACGUCUGACCUCUGUGAUUGCCAACAGGUUUUGCCACCAAGUACUAAGUCAUGUUUUGCAGAGGGGUCAAAUACUUAUUUCCCUCAUUAAAAUGCAAAUCAAUUUAUAACAUUUUUGACAUGCGUUUUUCUUGAUUUUGCUGUUGUUAUUCUGUCUCUCACUGUUCAAAUAAACCUACCAUUAAAAUUAUAGACUGAUCUUUUCUUUGUCAGUGGGCAAACGUACAAAAUCAGCAGGGGAUCAAAUACUUUUUUCCCUCACUGUAUACACACACAGACAGAGAUAUACACACACAGACAGAGAUAUACACACACAGACAGAGAUAUACACACACAGACAGAGAUAUACACACACAGACAGAGAUAUACACACACAGACAGAGAUAUACACACACGCUGGGCUAGCUGUAAUGUGUGUUUUCCUCAGGUACCUGGCCAGUGGUUCUGGAGACACUACAGUGAGGUUCUGGGACUUGACCACCGAGACACCACAACAUACCUCCAGAGGUACACUCACUAGUGUUGUCACGAUACCAGAAUUUUGACUUCGAUACCAGGUUUAGUAUCACGAUACCAAAAUGAUACCACAGCAAAAAAAUGUAUAUUAGCCAAAGUCACAGAAUGGCACUUAAUCCAGACAGAUAAACUCUGCUACUGCUCUGUUCAAUUGUUGGGCAUCUUUUGAAUUAAAUUAUUGCAUGUGUAAUUGUUAUAAAUUAAUUAUGCAAUCAUACAAUCAAUUUGUUUUUAACAAUCUAACUUCAUAACAACAUAAUGGUAAUAAUGUAUUUGAAGGGUACAUUUCUAUUGAUAAACUGGGUAAAUCAAGAUGUAGAUUGAAAUUGGGGUGUACGAACCCUAGACGGGGGUCCGGGGUAAAAAAUGUGACUUAUGUUUUUGAAUAAUAAAAAUGUUCUUUAUGAGUUGUGCAGGACCCCAGGACAACACACAUUAUAAUUGAUUUCAAUGAUUGUUUUAUACUGUUCACACUUAGCAUUCAGGGAUCAAACCACCCAGUUUAUAAUACAUGGGUUCUAACUUGAACAAUUCUUUGUUAGUUUACAAUUUAUGCUCCCUACAUAUAAAAACCAUGAAGACUGCCGGAAAGCCCCGAACACAAGAUCAUAAUUUCUAUGACUCACACGGUGGAGGAACAUAUUGCCUAUAGCUUACUGUACAGUCGUGGUCAAAAGUUUUGAGAAUGACACUAGUAUUGGUCUUCACAAAGUUUGCUGCUUCAGUGUUUUUAGAUAUUUUUGUCAGAUGUUACUAUGGUAUUCUGAAGUAUAAUUACAAGCAUUCCAUAAGUGUCAAAGGCUUUUAUUGACAAUUACAUUACGUUUAUGCAAAGAGUCAAUAUUUGCAGUGUUGACCCUUCUUUUUCAAGACCUCUGCCAUCCGCCCUGGCAUGCUGUCAAUUAACUUCUGGGCCACAUCCUGACUGAUGGCAGCCCAUUCUUGCAUAAUCAAUUUGUCAGAAUUUGUGGGUUUUUGUUUGUCCACCCGCCUCUUGAGGAUUGACCACAAGUUUUCAAUGGGAUUAAUGUCUGGGGAGUUUCCUGGCCAUGGACCCAACAUUCCGAUGUUUUGUUCCCCGAGCCACUUAGUUAUCACUUUUGCCUUAUGGCAAGGUGCUCCAUCAUGCUAGAAAAGGCAUUGUUGGUCACCAAACUGUUCUUGGAUGGUUGGGAGAAGUUGCUCUCUGAGGAUGUGUUGGUACCAUUCUUUAUUCAUGGCUCUGUUCUUAGGCAAAAUUGUGAGUGAGCCCACUCCCUUGGCUGAGAAGCAACCCCCCACAUGAAUGGUCUCAGGAUGCUUUACUGUUGGCAUGACACAGGACUGAUGGUAGCGCUCACCUUGUCUUCUCCGGACAAGCUUUUACCCCAGUCCAAUCCCUGUACCUUUAGCAGAAUAUCAGUCUGUCACUGAUGUUUUUCCUGGAGAGAAGUGGCUUCCUCGCUGCCCUUCUUGACACCAGGCCAUCCUCCAAAAGUCUUCGCCUCACUGUGCGUGCAGAUGCACUCACACCUGCCUGCUGCCAUUCAUGAGCAAGCUCUGCACUGGUGGUGCCCCGAUCCCGCAGCUGAAUCAACUUUAGGAGACGGUCCUGGUGCUUGCUGGACUUUCUUGGGCGCCCUGACGCCGCCUUCACAACAAUUGAACCUCUCUCCUUGAAGUUCUUGAUGAUCCGAUAAAUGGUUGAUUUAGGUGCAAUCUUACUAGCAGCAAUGUCCUUGCCUGUGAAGCCCUUUUUGUGCAAAGCAAUGAUGACGGCACGUGUUUCCUUGCAGGUAACCAUGGUUAACAGAGGAAGAACAAUGUUUUCAAGCACCACCCUCCUUUUAAAGCUUCCAGUCUGUUAUUCUAACUCAAUCAGCAUGACCGAGUGAUCUCCAGCCUUGUCCUCGUCAACACUCUCAGCUGUGUUAACGAGAGAAUCACUGACAUGAUGUCAGCUGGUCCUUUUGUGGCAGGGCUGAAAUGUUUUUUGGGGAUUAAGUUCAUUUUCAUGGCAAAGAGGGACUUUGCAAUUAAUUGCAAAUCAUCUGAUCACUCUUCAUAACAUUCUGGAGUAUAUGCAAAUCAUAACUGAGGCAGCAGACUUUGUGAGAAUUAAUAUUUGUGUAAUUCUCAACUUUUGACCACGACUGUACAUGGUAAACUGGUGCUCACCAAGUGAGACUUCACUUUUUAUUAAAGAUAAAGGCUGUGAAGAGUUUUCUACAAUAUUCACAACAUAUUGACACAAUUAGUCUAAAUAGAAUAAAAAUCUAAUUUAAUCAAUUACAGUACAUUCAGAAAGUAUUCAGACCCCUUGACUUUUUCCACAUUUUGUUACGUUACAGCCUUAUUCUAAAAUGGAUUAAAUAGUUUUUUUCCCCUCAUCAAUCUACACACAAUACCCCAUAAUGACAAAUAAAAAAACAGGUUUUUAGACAUUUUUGCAGAUGUAAAUAAACAAUAACCUGAAAUUACAUUUACGCAAGUAUUCAGACCCUUUACACAGUACUUUGUUGAAGCACCUUUGGCAGCGAUUUACAACCUUGAUUCUUCUUAGGUAUGAUGUUACAGGUUUGGCACACCUGUAUUUGGGGAGUUUCUCCCAUUCUUCUCUGCAGAUCCUCUCAAGCUCUGUCAGGUUGGAUGGGGAGCGUCGCUGCACAGCUACAGUGAGGGGAAAAAGUAUUUGAUCCCCUGCUGAUUUUGUACGUUUGCCCACUGACAAAGACAUGAUCAGUCUAUAAUUUUAAUGGUAGGUUUAUUUGAACAGUGAGAGACAGAAUAACAACAAAAAAAUCCAGAAAAUGCAUGUCAAAAAUGUUAUGAAUUGAUUUGCAUUUUAAUGAGGGAAAUAAGUAUUUGACCCCUCUGCAAAACAUGACUUAGUACUUGGUGGAAAAGUACUUGGCGGCAAAACCCUUGUUGGCAAUCACAGAGGUCAGACGUUUCUUGUAGUUGGCCACCAGGUUUGCACAAAUCUCAGGAGGGAUUUUGUCCCACUCCUCUUUGCAGAUCUUCUCCAAGUCAUUAAGGUUCCGAGGCUGACGUUUGGCAACUCAAACCUUCAGGUCCCUCCACAGAUUUUCUAUGGGAUUAAGGUCUGGAGACUGGCUAGGCCACUCCAGGACCUUAAUGUGCUUCUUCUUGAGCCACUCCUUUGUUGCCUUGGCCAUGUGUUUUGGUUCAUUGUCAUGCUGGAAUACCCAUCCACGACCCAUUUUCAAUGCCCUGGCUGAGGGAAGGUACAUGGCCCCGCCCAUCAUCCCUUUGAUGCGGUGAAGUUGUCCUGUCCCCUUAGCAGAAAAACACCCCCAAAGCAUAAUGUUUCCACCUCCAUGUUUGAUGGUGGGGAUGGUGUUCUUGGGGUCAUAGGCAGCAUUCCUCCUCCUCCAAACACGGCGAGUUGAGUUGAUGCCAAAGAGCUCGAUUUUGGUCUCAUCUGACCACAACACUUUCACCCAGUUCUCCUCUGAAUCAUUCAGAUGUUCAUUGGCAUUCUUCAGACGGCCCUGUAUAUGUGCUUUCUUGAGCAGGGGGACCUUGCGGGCGCUGCAGGAUUUCAGUCCUUCACAGCGUAGUGUGUUACCAAUUGUUUUCUUGGUGACUAUGGUCCCAGCUGCCUUGAGAUCAUUGACAAGAUCCUCCCGUGUAGUUCUUGGCUGAUUCCUCACCGUUCUCAUGAUCAUUGCAGCUCCACAAGGUGAGAUCUUGCAUGGAGCCCCAUGCCGAGGGAGAUUGACAGUUAUUUUGUAUUACUUCCAUUUGCGAAUAAUCGCACCAACUGUUGUCACCUGCUCACCAAGCUGCUUGGCGAUGGUCUUGUAGCCCAUUCCAGCCUUGUGUAGGUCUACAAUCUUGUCCCUGACAUCCUUGGAGAGCUCUUUGGUCUUGGCCAUGGUGGAGAGUUUGGAAUCUGAUUGAUUCUGUGGACAGAUAUCUUUUAUACAGGUAACAAUCUGAGAUUAGGAGCACUCCCUUUAAGAGUGUGCUCCUAAUCUCAGCUCGUUACCUGUAUAAAAGACACCUGGGAGCCAGACAUCUUUCUGAUUUGAGAGGGGGUCAAAUACUUAUUUCCCUCAUUAAAAUGCAAAUCAAUUUAUAACAUUUUUGACAUGCAUUUUUCUGGAUGUUUUUGUUAUUCUGUCUCUCACUGUUCAAAUAAACCUACCAUUAAAAUUAUAGACUGAUCAUUUCUUUGUCAGUGGGCAAACGUACAAAAUCAGCAGGGGAUCAAAUACUUUUUUCCCUCACUGUAUUUUCAGGUCUCUCCAGAGCUGUUAGAUCGGGUUCAAGGCCGGGCUGUGGCUGGGCCACUCAAGGACAUUCAGAGACUUGUCCCGAAGCCACUCCUGCAUUGUCUUGGCUUUGUGCUUAGGGUCGUUGUCCUGUUGGAAGGUGAACCUUCGCCCCAGUCUGAGGUCCUGAGCGCACUGGAGCAGGUUUUUGUCAAGGAUCUCUAUACUUUACUCAGUUCAUCUUGCCCUCAAUCCUGACUAGUCUCCCAGUCCCUGCCGCUGAAAAACAUCCCCACAGCAUGAUGCUGCCACCCCCAGGCUUCACCGUAGGGAUGGUGCCAGGUUUCCUCCAGACGUGACGCGUGGCAUUCAGGCCGAAGAGUUCAAUCUUGGUUUCAUCAGACCAGAGAAUCUUGUUUCUCAUGGUCUGAGAGUCUUUAGGUGCCUUUUGGCAAACUCCAAGCGGGCUGUCAUGUGCCUUUUACUGAGGAGUGGCUUCCGUCUGGCCACUUUACCAUAAAGGCCUGAUUGGUGGAGUGCUGCAGAGAUGGUUGUCCUUCUGGAAGGUUCUCCCAUCUCCACAGAGGAACUCUGGAGCUCUGUCAGAGUGACCAUAGGGUUCUUGGUCACCUCCCUGACCAAGGCCCUUCACCCCCGAUUGCUCAGUUUGGCCGGGCGGCCAGCUCUAGGAAGUGUCUUGGUGGUUCCAAACUUCUUACAUUUAAGAAUGAUGGAGGCCACUGUGUUCAUGGGGACCUUCAAUGAUGCAGACAUUUUUUGGUACACUUCCCCAGAUUUGUGCCUCGACACAAUCCUGUCUUGGAGCUCUACGGACAAUUCCUUCGACCUCAUGGCUUGGUUUUUGCUCUGACAUGCACUGUUAACUGUGGGACCUUGUUAUAUAGACAGGUGUGUGUGCCUUUCCAAAUCAUGUCCAAUCAAUUGAAUUUACCACAGGUGGACUCCAAUAAAGUUGUAGAAACAUCUCAAGGAUGAUCAAUGGAAACAGGAUGCACAUGAGCUAAUUUUUUUUAGUAUCAUAGCAAAGGGUCUGAAUACUUAUGUAAAUUUUUUUCUGUUUUGUAUACAUUUGCAAAGAUUUCUAAAAACCUGUUCGCUUUAUCAUGAUGGGGUAUUGUGUGUGUAGAUUGAGGAAUUGUUUUUAUUUAAUCAAUUUUAGAAUAAGGCUGUAACGUAACAAAAUGUGGAAAAAGUAAAGGGGUCUGAAUAAUUUCCGAAUGUGCUGUACUUGUGGAAAACGUUUGAGUGAACAUUAGCAAGCCAGAAGCUGAUGAAAAAAAGUGAAUUCUGUCUCCCCUCGGUUUUAGCUUGUGGCUAUCACUGUCUAACUGGCUAGGUUUAGGAUAUUUACUAGCCCAUACCAGUGAAAACAUCUAUGUUAUCGACAUAUGGCAGUACACAAACAAGAUCUAGCUCACUUCUUUUGCCAGCUAGAAAGAAUAUCCCACAUUCAUUUAGAAAUGGAGGAAGAGAAGGCUUGUAUUAUCUAUGACGGCAUCAGCAGUUGGCUACCAACAGCUAGCAGACAUGUUUACAUUUGGUUAACUUUAUUAGUGUUAUUUAGAUGGAAGACGUGAGCUGAAUGUGGUAGCUCUAUAGCUAGCUAACAUUAGCAUAGAGGUAGGAAGCUAGCUAGCUCUUUCACUUACCCAGUUCACUUCCAUGCCAGUGAUUAUGCUCGCGGUCUCUGCUGGUGCUGCUGGCAUCCACUUUGUGAAGCGAAAUUAUUGCAGAAGCCCUCGUUCCAUUGUUGAUAGCUGUGGAAAUUCCCAGGGAUGAAAUGUGCCCGCAGAUUGACGAGUAGAUGCCCAACUUCACCCGCCUCAUUUACAAAAAUGUAUCCCAUCUUUUUUAGACGUUUUUCAUUAAUUGUGAUGCUGACCGCAGGGUGUUGUGGGAUUGUUUCCGAAGUAAAGCUGAUUUGGAGAACACCUCAAAAAAAAAAAAAAUAUAUAUAUAUAUAUAUAUAUAUAUAUAUAUAUAUAUAUAUAUAUAUAUAUAUAUAUAUACACAUACAUACAUACAUACAUACAUACAUACAUACAGUGGGGAAAAUUGUUAUUUUGUCAGCCACCAAUUGUACAUGUUCUCCCACUUAAAAAGAUGAGAGAGGCCUGUAAUUUUCAUCAUAGCUACACGUCAACUAUGACAGACAAAUUGAGAGAAAAAAAUCCAGAAUAUCACAUUGUAGGAUUUUUUAAUGAAUUUAUUUGCAAAUUAUGGUGGAAAAUAAGUAUUUGGUCACCUACAAACAAGCAAGAUUUCUGGCUCUCACAGACCUGUAACUUCUUCUUUAAGAGGCUCCUCUGUCCUCCACUCGUUACCUGUAUUAAUGGCACCUGUUUGAACUUGUUAUCAGUAUAAAAAGACACCUGUCCACAACCUCAGUCACACUCCAAACUCCACUAUGGCCAAGACCAAAGAGCUGUCAAAGGACACCAGAAACAAAAUUGUAGACCUGCACCAGGCUGGGAAGACUGAAUCUGCAAUAGGUAAGCAGCUUGGUUUAAAGAAAUCAACUGUGGGAGCAAUUAUUAGGAAAUGGAAGACAUACAAGACCACUGAUAAUCUCCCUCGAUCUGGGGCUCCACGCAAGAUCUCACCCCGUGGGGUCAAAAUGAUCACAAGAACGGUGAGCAAAAAUCCCAGAACCACACGGGGGGACCUAGUGAAUGACCUGCGGAGAGCUGGGACCAAAGUAACAAAGCCUACCAUCAGUAACACACUACGCCGCCAGGGACUCAAAUCCUGCAGUGCCAGACGUGUCCCCCUGCUUAAGCCAGUACAUGUCCAGGCCCGUCUGAAGUUUGCUAGAGUGCAUUUGGAUGAUCCAGAAGAGGAUUGGGAGAAUGUCAUAUGGUCAGAUGAAACCAAAAUAUAACUUUUUGGUAAAAACUCAACUCGUCGUGUUUGGAGGACAAAGAAUGCUGAGUUGCAUCCAAAGAACACCAUACCUACUGUGAAGCAUGGGGGUGGAAACAUCAUGCUUUGGGGCUGUUUUUCUGCAAAGGGACCAGGACGACUGAUCCGUGUAAAGGAAAGAAUGAAUGGGGCCAUGUAUCGUGAGAUUUUGAGUGAAAACCUCCUUCCAUCAGCAAGGGCAUUGAAGAUGAAACGUGGCUGGGUCUUUCAGCAUGACAAUGAUCCCAAACACACCGCCCGGGCAACGAAGGAGUGGCUUCGUAAGAAGCAUUUCAAGGUCCUGGAGUGGCCUAGCCAGUCUCCAGAUCUCAACCCCAUAGAAAAUCUUUGGAGGGAGUUGAAAGUCUGUGUUGCCCAGCGACAGCCCCAAAACAUCACUGCUCUAGAGGAGAUCUGCAUGGAGGAAUGGGCCAAAAUACCAGCAACAGUGUGUGAACCUUGUGAAGACUUACAGAAAACAUUUGACCUGUGUCAUUGCCAACAAAGGGUAUAUAACAAAGUAUUGAGAAACUUUUGUUAUUGACCAAAUACUUAUUUUCCACCAUAAUUUGCAAAUUCAUUUAAAAUCCUACAAUGUGAUUUUCUGAUUAUUAUUUUCCUCAUUUUGUCUGUCAUAGUUGAUGUGUACCUAUGAUGAAAAUUACAGGCCUCUCUCAGCUUUUUAAGUGGCAGAACUUGCACAAUUGGUGGCUGACUAAAUACUUUUUUCCCCACUGUAUACCUACAGUCAGUGUGAAGAUUUCAUUUAGGAUACUAUUCCAUUCAACCCAUCUGAACAGUACAGUUCCCUUGAAGUCUCCGUCUUGUGACUGUCGAAUUUGUAUACCGCCUCACAAUCAUCACACAUAACAUAGCCGCAUAGCUGGCACUGCUAUCAUCCUCUUUUACCACUUCACCAAAUCUUUCCCAAACAUUAGACUACUGUUCUGGCCCUCCCUUCUAUUUAUUUUCAACUCUCCAUUUCGCAUUUUCUGUUAUGGAGUUAUACUGCGACACUGUCCUUUUUGCCUCAGUGGAUUGACAUAAACCUUUUCUGGCCAAAGUUCCCAAAACCAUUUGGCGUGUAUUUGGCACACUACAGUUAGGCCCUAAAGUUUAGGCUUAGGCUACGCACUAACGCCAGAUACAAAUAAUGAAAGGAAAACCUCAAUGUAGCCUAUAGAUAUGAAUUGCACAAAAAUUAUACAUUUAUGGACUUUUAAUGGAUAGUUUUCAAUUUUUUCUACACAAUAUUUCAUGACCCUAAACCUGCCAGCCCCGCGGAUAUAGCCGCAGGGACUGUGGGUUAUGAGUCAACCCACGCAUCACUAGUGAAUAUGUAUUGGUCUAAAGGUCUUUCAAUUACUGUUUCUGUUAUGGACCACAUGGGCAUAUGUUGCACAAUCCAAGUGUGGAAAGCUCUUAGACUUACCCAGAAAGAUCACAUAUGUAAUCGCUUCCAAAGCUGCUUCUACAAAGUACUGACUCAGGGUUGUGAAUACUUAUGUAAAUGAGAUGCAUUAUAUCAUUUCUAUGUUUUAUUUUUAAAUGAAUACUCUCGCAGGUAAUCGAAUGCUAACGUCCGUUCUGAUAUUUCAGUAUUCGAAUAACCAUGCCCAUCACACACACACACACAGCAAUGUGUAGAAUUGAUCGACCUGACCCUUGUGAACACUCACUGUCUCCUCCCCUCCUCUAGGCCACUCCCACUGGGUGCUGACUAUUUCUUGGUCACCUGACGGCAGGAAGCUGGCCUCUGGCUGCAAGAACAGCCAGGUGAGAGAGAGACACACACACACACACUUAAACUAGGGUUGGGGUCAAUUCCACAAAUUCAAUUCCAAUUAAAUUCCCUAUCCCUAGAAAAUCCAUCCAUUCAAAAUUCCAUAGCAUUUCUUUAAAUUGAGUCAAUUCAACUCAUCUCGAAUGCCAAUAAUAAGUCUAUUCAAAAAUACAAUUCCUAAUUCAUUAAUUCUAGAUAAAUUAAAGCUGUUUAAUAGCAUGAAAUAAUGCCCAAAAUACUCUAUUCCACUCGGUAGUGGCUACUGUAUUAUUCAUUAUUGCAUUAUAGUCGUCGUCCCCCCCCCCAAUUGGUUUGGCACAGUUUGGGGAACAAACCUCCAUGCUAUAAAAAUGAUUACAAUCACUAAAACUUUUUUAGCGAUUGGAAAACGCCUAAAACACAUUUGCUACACUUUAAAAAAAUAUUCAAACAAACCCUUUAUGUAACAUUUAAACAUGUAAAUUGCUUAAAUCAUAGUUCAAAACCAGAUUCGUGAUAGAAAUACAGUGGGGGAAAAAAGUAUUUAGUCAGCCACCAAUUGUGCAAGUUCUCCCACUUAAAAAGAUGAGAGGCCUGUAAUUUUCAUCAUAGGUACACGUCAACUAUGACAGACAAAUUGAGAGAAAAAAAUCCAGAAAAUCACAUUGUAGGAUUUUUAAUGAAUUUAUUUGCAAAUUAUGGUGGAAAAUAAGUAUUUGGUCACCUACAAACAAGCAAGAUUUCUGGCUCUCACAGACCUGUAACUUCUUCUUUAAGAGGCUCCUCUGUCCUCCACUCGUUACCUGUAUUAAUGGCACCUGUUUGAACUUGUUAUCAGUAUAAAAAGACACCUGUCCACAACCUCAGUCACACUCCAAACUCCACUAUGGCCAAGACCAAAGAGCUGUCAAAGGACACCAGAAACAAAAUUGUAGACCUGCACCAGGCUGGGAAGACUGAAUCUGCAAUAGGUAAGCAGCUUGGUUUGAAGAAAUCAACUGUGAGAGCAAUUAUUAGGAAAUGGAAGACAUACAAGACCACUGAUAAUCUCCCUCGAUCUGGGGCUCCACGCAAGAUCUCACCCCGUGGGGUCAAAAUGAUCACAAGAACGGUGAGCAAAAAUCCCAGAACCACACGGGGGGACCUAGUGAAUGACCUGCAGAGAGCUGGGACCAAAGUAACAAAGCCUACCAUCAGUAACACACUACGCCGCCAGGGACUCAAAUCCUGCAGUGCCAGACGUGCCCCCCUGCUUAAGCCAGUACAUGUCCAGGCCCGUCUGAAGUUUGCUAGAGUGCAUUUGGAUGAUCCAGAAGAGGAUUGGGAGAAUGUCAUAUGGUCAGAUGAAACCAAAAUAUUACUUUUUGGUAAAAACUCAACUCGUCGUGUUUGGAGGACAAAGAAUGCUGAGUUGCAUCCAAAGAACACCAUACCUACUGUGAAGCAUGGGGGUGGAAACAUCAUGCUUUGGGGCUGUUUUUCUGCAAAGGGACCAGGACGACUGAUCCGUGUAAAGGAAAGAAUGAAUGGGGCCAUGUAUCGUGAGAUUUUGAGUGAAAACCUCCUUCCAUCAGCAAGGGCAUUGAAGAUGAAACGUGGCUGGGUCUUUCAGCAUGACAAUGAUCCCAAACACACCGCCCGGGCAACGAAGGAGUGGCUUCGUAAGAAGCAUUUCAAGGUCCUGGAGUGGCCUAGCCAGUCUCCAGAUCUCAACUCCAUAGAAAAUCUUUGGAGGGAGUUGAAAGUCUGUGUUGCCCAGCGACAGCCCCAAAACAUCACUGCUCUAGAGGAGAUCUGCAUGGAGGAAUGGGCCAAAAUACCAGCAACAGUGUGUGAAAACCUUGUGAAGACUUACAGAAAACGUUUGACCUGUGUCAUUGCCAACAAAGGGUAUAUAACAAAGUAUUGAGAAACUUUUGUUAUUGACCAAAUACUUAUUUUCCACCAUAAUUUGCAAAUAAAUUCAUUUAAAAUCCUACAAUGUGAUUUUCUGGAUUUUUUUUUCUCAAUUUGUCUGUCAUAGUUGACGUGUACCUAUGAUGAAAAUUACAGGCCUCUCAUCUUUUUAAGUGGGAGAUCUUGCACAAUUGGUGGCUGACUAAAUACUUUUUUCCCCCACUGUAUAUCCAUACAUUUGCAUAUAUCCCAGUGUGCCUUUAGAGUGAACACUGGAAUUACCACUCAUGAUGGCGUGUGUUAGUGAAAGAGACCGUCAUUGCAUUCACUUGCAUGUCCAGCCUCUUAUCAAAGGCUACAGAAAAUAUGUAAUUAUAAGUGUACUCAAAUACCAGAAGGUACAUCUUUGAUUGCCUGUUUACUUCCUAGCACAGCGAAAUUUUAUCAUUGACUUGCACACCACUUUAGGCCAAUUUAUCAAAUUGUGAGAACCUUCAGGGUGGUGUUUAUGUCCCAUUGAAAUCCAACCAAUCGGUGGAUUUGCAAUAUUUAGGGUAGUUCAUCACCCACCUUUUGCAUUCAGACUGAUUGCAAGUUGACCUCUACGGGAUUGGUGUCCCGUAUACGGGACGGUUGAGCUAAUGUGCGCUAAAGUUUCCACAAACUUCAAAGUGUUUCCUUUCAUAUGGUAUCAAGAAUAUGCAUAUCCUUGCUUCAUUCAGGUCCUGAGGUACAGGCAGUUAGAUUUGGGUAUGUCAUUUUAGGCGAAAAUUGAAAAAAAGGGUCCAAUCCUUAUGAGGUUGGUGCAUACAGUUGACAAGACAACCUAAACCAUUGAACUGGCUCCACCAUCUCAAUAACGGGUGCAAUAAAUCCAACCACUGACAGAUUAGAGUAGAUUAAAAAAAGAUGUAUAUAUUUAUCUUUGUGCUGCAUAAUAUAAAGAGCAAUCAAUGUACACACAUGGAAACAAAGAAUUUUUGGGGAAAAUGGACCAGUAAAACGGCAUGCUGGGAAAUAUGUUAAUCAGCCCCCUGACACCAGAAUUUAUCCAAGGUUAUAAGUAAGCAAUGAAACAUGUUGUAGACCUCUGUAGCUCAGUUAGUAGAGCGUGGCUCUUGCAAAGUCAGUAUGUUGGGUUCCAUAUGAUGUUGAAGAAUAGUGCGUUGUGGGUAGUUUAGAAGAUAUCCGCAAAUAAGUUAAUAAAUAUAUAAAAAUAAAACAUUUAACUGUUUGUAGUUAUAGGUAACCAGGUUGUGACUGCAACUAUGUCUUUGACCACACAGUGUUACUUUGUUGAGUAAAAAAGUCAUGCUCCUAUCCUUUUAAGGGACCCAAAUUACAAAAUGACAAGGCCAUGGUUCAUAGACUGCUUAAGAAUAAGGAAGCCAAUAUGUAAUUUGGUUGACCUAUCACUUUAGUUGGACCAAAAAAACUAGUUUGCAUUCAAUUUCAAUGCUAAAUACAUUAACUCCAGUAACUGGAAUUUGCACAAUUGUAAUACAAUUUAAGUUUUUAAAAAAAUCUAAUUCCAUUCCAAGGAUGCUUUUAUUUUCCAAAUGAAUUGCAUUCCAAUGAUGGUUUUCUUUUUCAAUUCCAAUUCAGUCUAAAUUCCAAUAGAAAAUUGUUUGAAGAUUACUGCAAUUCCAAUUCUCCACUUCCUGCUUCAAUUCCAGAAUUUAAUUUGAAAUUACGUUGGAAUUGACCCCAACCCUGACUCACACUGUCACUCACUCAUGCACAUGUGCUCACACACCCACCCAGGUAAAAAAAAUUAAAAAUAAAUAUAAACUACUUUUGUUGAACAAAACAAGUCUGUUAACAUAUGACCCAAUAGGAAAAUAACAGUAUCUGUUUCUAAAGACUACAAUGUGUCUGGUUAAACACACACAUUUCCCCUCACACAUAUACACACACACACAUACUCACUGUUUCUCCUCAGAUCUGUAUCUGGGACCCAGUCUCAGGUGUGUGUGUGUGUGUGUGUGUGUUAACCAGUGUGCCUAUUUGUAUAGAUCUGUAUAUGGGACCCAGUGACAGGACAGCAGAUGGGAAAGACCCUGACAGGACACACCAAGUGGAUCACAUGGAUCUGCUGGGAACCUCUACACCUGUAAGAUUAUACUCCUCUAUUUAUCCUUUCAUCUCUCUCUUUUCUCCUCUCUCUCUAAUAUAACUAUAUUGCCUUCUCUCUCCUCAGUAACCCAGAGUGCCGUUACCUGGCUAGCAGCAGUAAGGACGGGGCGGUGAGGGUUUGGGACGUUGUGUUGGGCCGCUGUGAGAGGAUCCUGACGGGGCACACCCAGUCUGUUACCUGUGUGAAGUGGGGCGGAGACGGACUGCUAUACACAUCAUCACAGGACAGGACCGUUAAAGUCUGGAGGGCUAAAGACGUAAGGGAGUGUGUGCGCGAGACCCUGGUCAAAAGUAGUGCACUAUAUAGGGAAUAAGGGGCCAUUUGGGAGGGAGACAUUAUACUUCAUCUGACCCCUGUCCUCCUCCCCUCCUCUCCUCCUCAGGGGGUCCAGUGCAGGACUCUUCAAGGCCAUGCUCACUGGGUCAACACCCUGGCUCUCAGUACUGACUACGUGCUACGUACCGGCGCCUUCGAUCCCGCCGACGCUACCAUCAACCCCCAGGACCAGACUGGAACAUGUACGUACAUCUGUCCUCUGCCUCUCUCUCUUUCCUUCUUCGAUCUUUCUCUGACUCUACAUACUUACACCUCUGUCUCUGCCUAACUCUCGGUCUUGGAGUAGUGAUAUUGAACAACAUAGUUUUGACACCUCCGUUCUCUCCACAGUUGAGGAACUCAAAGAGAAAGCCUUGCAGAGAUACAACAAAGUCAGGGUAAGUGUCUCUACUGUGUAUUUAGUAUUUAUUAGGAUCCCCAAUAGCUGCUGCCAAGGGGUUCCUGGGGUCCACUCUGAACCUAUGUCCCUCUGUGUAGGGUGCGGCCCCGGAGCGUCUGGUGUCGGGCUCUGAUGACUUCACCUUGUUCCUCUGGAACCCAGCAGAGGAUAAGAAGCCUCUGGCAAGGCUGACGGGUCACAGCGCUCUGGUCAAUGAGGUCCUGUUCUCCCCCGACACACGCCUCCUCGCAUCGGCUUCCUUCGACAAGUCCAUCAAGAUCUGGGACGGACGCACCGGAAAGUAUGUAUAGUAUUGGUGGAACUGCACUAGGAAGUAUGUAUAGUAUUGGUGGAACUGCACUGGGUAGUAUGUAAUAGUAAUGGGGGAAUUCUAAUCCAUAAUACAUGCCAUUUAGCAGGUGCUUUUAUCCAAAGUGACUUGGACAUGUGUGCAUACAUUUUUUUUUACAUACGGAUGGCCCCAGCGGGAACUGAGCUGACAAGCCUUGGUGUUGCAAGCACCAUGUUCUACCGACUGAGCCGCUGUGCUUGCAUAAUGACCGAUUCCAGAUCUCUGUUCUAUUCUGAUUCACACUGAGCAUUUGAUUCACUAAGCACCGGCUCUGUUUUACAGAGAAUAAAAACAUGAUUCAAUACCAGAUGUAUUCUCCGCCGGGUGGGACUCUAACCUUGUGUGUGUGUGUGUGUGUGUAGGUACCUACAGUCCCUGCGUGGUCAUGUAGCAGCAGUGUACCAGGUGGCGUGGUCAGCAGACAGUAGACUGAUGGUCAGUGGGUCCAGUGACUCCACUCUGAAGGUCUGGGACAUCAAGACUGGCAAACUACAAGUUGACCUACCUGGACACGCAGAUGAGGUGAGAGGGUGGGAGGGAUAGUGUUUUCCACAAGCACAUGGAGUAGCCAGCCAAAAAAAUUAAAAAAAAGUAGCCAGCCAGGUGCCCCUCCUGGGCUGUUUUGCCAAACAAGUUCUCUUUUGGUGUCCUCUGGUACAUUCUAAUGCCUUGAUUCCAUCCGAAAUACACAGCAAAAUUAUUUAAUACUUUAGUUGUUGUGGUAUUGUUUAUAAUUUAAAUGACUGAACAUUUAUUGUAUUUCUUUCAGAUAUCAUCUAGGCCUAUAUGAUCAGGACUGUUUUCGAAAUAGGAGAUUAUGAAACCUUUUUUUAUUUUUUUUACAUUUAACCUGUUUUCUCUUGAGAUUUAAAGUAUUUUACUGCAAGAUAUGAAUUGCAACAAUUGUUUGUUAAAAUUAUGCAUUUUAGUAGAACAAAAAUUAAGUAAAUAGCCUACAUUUUAUUUGUGUAUAUAUAUGUAUAUACAGUGGGGAGAAGAAGUAUUUGAUACACUGCCGAUUUUGCAGGUUUUCCUACUUACAAAGCAUGUAGAGGUCUGUACAUUUUAUCAUAGGUACACUUCAACUGUGAGAGACGGAAUCUAAAACAAAAAUCCAGAAAAUCACAUUGUAUGAUGUUUAAGUAAUUAAUUUGCAUUUUAUUGCAUGACAUAAAUAUUUGAUCACCUACCAACCAGUAAGAAUUCCGGCUCUCACAGACCUGUUAGUUUUUGUUUAAGAAGCCCUCCUGUUCUCCACUCAUUACCUGUAUUAACUGCACCUGUCUGAACUCGUUACCUGUAUAAAAGACACCUGUCCACACACUCAAUCAAACAGAUUCCAACCUCUCCACAAUGGACAAUCCCCCUGCUCAAGCCAGCGCAUGUCCAGGCCCGUCUGAAGUUUGCCAAUGACCAUCUGGAUGAUCCAGAGGAGGAAUGGGAGAAGGUCAUGUGGUCUGAUGAGACAAAAAUAGAGCUUUUUGGUCUAAACUCCACUCGCCGUGUUUGGAGGAAGAAGAAGGAUGAGUACAACGCCAAGAACACCAUCCCGACCGUGAAGCGUGGAGGUGGAAACAUCAUUCUUUGGGGAUGCUUUUCUGCAAAGGGGACAGGACGGCUGCACCGUAUUGAGGGGAGGAUGGAUGGGGCCAUGUAUCGCGAGAUCUUGGCCAACAACCUCCUUCCCUCAGUAAGAGCACUGAAGAUGGGUCGUGGCUGGGUCCUCCAGCAUGACAACGACCCGAAACACACAGACAGGGCAACUAAGGAGUGGCUCUGUAAGAAGCAUCUCAAGGUCCUGGAGUGGCCUAGCCAGUCUCCAGACCUGAACCCAAUAGAAAAUCUUUGGAGGGAGCUGAAAGUACGUAUUGCCCAGCGACAGCCCCGAAACCUGAAGGAUCUGGAGAAGGUCUGUAUGGAGGAGUGGGCCAAAAUCCCUGCUGCAGUGUGUGCAAACCUGGUCAAGAACUAUAGGAAACGUAUGAUCUCUGUAAUUGCAAACAGGUUUCUGUACCAAAUAUUAAGUUCUGCUUUUCUGAUGUAUCAAAUACUUAUGUCAUGCAAUAAAAUGCAAAUUAAUUACUUAAGAAUCAUACAAUGUGAUUUUCUGGAUUUUAGAUUCCGUCUCUCACAGUUGAAGUGUACCUAUGAUACAAAUUACAGACCUCUACAUGCUUUGUAAGUGGGAAAACCUGCAAAAUCGGCAGUGUUUCCAAUACUUGUUCUCCCCACUGUAUGUACACCGAAACACAUUAAGACAUUAUUUUACUGUAAUAGAAGAGACCUUUCUACCAAUACCCUUUUUUAUGUCUCAACUCCUCAAAUUGUGCACAGAGCAGACACUACUAAAAUGGGAGUACAAUGAGGGAAAAAAGUAUUUGAUCCCUUGCUGAUUUUGUACGUUUGCCCACUGGCAAAGAAAUGAUCAGUCUAUAAUUUUAAUGGUACGUUUAUUUGAACAGUGAGAGACAGAAUAACAUCAAAAAAAUCCAGAAAAACGCAUGUCAAAAAUGUUAUAAAUUGAUUUGCAUUUUAAUGAGGGAAAUAAGUAUAUGACCCCCUCUCAAUCAGAAAGAUUUCUGGCUCCAAGUUGUCUUUUAUACAAGUAAUGAGCUGAGAUUAGGAGCACACUCUUAAAGGGAGUGCUCCUAAUCUCAGCUUGUUACCUGUAUAAAAGACACCUGUCCACAGAAGCAAUCAAUCAAUCAGAUUCCAAACUCUCCACCAUGGCCAAGACCAAAGAGCUCUCCAAGGAUGUCAGGGACAAGAUUGUAGACCUACACAAGGCUGGAAUGGGCACAAGACCAUCGCCAAGCAGCUUGGUGAGAAGGUGACAACAGUUGGUGCGAUUAUUCACAAAUGGAAGAAACACAAAAUAACUGUCAAUCUCCCUCGGCCUGGGGCUCCAUGCAAGAUCUCACCUCGUAGAGUUGCAAUGAUCAUGAGAACGGUGAGGAAUCAGCCCAGAACUACACGGGAGGAUCUUGUCAAUGAUCUCAAGGCAGCUGGGACCAUAGUCACCAAGAAAACAAUUGGUAACACACUACGCCGUGAAGGACUGAAAUCCUGCAGCGCCCGCAAGGUCCCCCUGCUCAAGAAAGCACAUAUACAUGCCCGUCUGAAGUUUGCCAAUGAACAUCUGAAUGAUUCAGAGGGUGAAAGUGUUGUGGUCAGAUGAGACCGAAAUGGAGUUCUUUGGCAUCAACUCAACUCGCCGUGUUUGGAGGAGGAGGAAUGCUGCCUAUGACCCCAAGAACACCAUCCCCACCGUCAAACAUGGAGGUAGAAACAUUAUGCUUUGGGGGUGCUUUUCUGCUAAGGGGACAGGACAACUUCACCGCAUCAAAGGGACGAUGGACGGGGCCAUGUACCAUCAAAUCUUGGGCUCCCUCAGCCAGGGCAUUGAAAAUGGGUCGUGGAUGGGUAUUCCAGCAUGACAAUGACCCAAAACACAUGGCCAAGGCAACAAAGGAGUGGCUCAAGAAGAAGCACAUUAAGGUCCUGGAGUGGCCUAGCCCGUCUCCAGACCUUAAUCCCAUAGAAAAUCUGUGGAGGGAGCUGAAGGUUCGAGUUGCCAAACGUCAGCCUCAAAACCUUAAUGACUUGGUGAAGAUCUGCAUAGAGGAGUGAGACAAAAUCCCUCCUAAGAUGUGUGCAAACCUGGUGGCCAACUACAAAAAACGUCUGACCUCUGUGAUUGCCAACAAGGGUUUUGCCACCAAGUUCUAAGUCAUGUUUUGCUGAGGGGUCAAAUACUUAUUUCCCUCAUUAAAAUGCAAAUUAAUUCAUAACAUUUUUGACAUGCGUUUUUCUGGAUUUUGUUGUUGUUAUUCUGUCUCUCACUGUUCAAAUAAACCUACCAUUAAAGUUAUAGACUGAUCAUUUCUUUGUCAGUGGGCAAACGUACAAAAUCAGCAGGGGAUCAAAUACUUUUUUCCCUCACUGUAUCAAUGAACAUUGAUUCUGGAAAAUGUAUGCUCAGCUUAUACUAGCUGUCUAGGUUGUGUUUUAUAAAUGUGCAAUAAGCCUAAAACACAAUUUAUAUAUGGAAUUGGCAGCUCGUCCUCAUUCUGAGAAAUAAAGUAGAUAACUGCAUUUCAACAUCUGAGCAAGGCAACUGUGAGGCGUCUUUUUGUCAAACUAGACACUCUAAUGUAUUUGUCCUCUUGCUCAGUUGUGUACCGGGGCCUCCCACUCCUCUUUCUAGUCUGGUUAGAGCCAGUUUGCGCUGUUCUGUGAAGGGUGUAGUACACAGCGUUGUACGAGAUCUUCAGUUUCUUGGCAAUUUCUCGCAUGGAAUAGCCUUCAUUUCCCAGAGCAAGAAUAGACUGACGAGAUUCAGAAGAAAGUUAUUUGUUUCUGGGAAUUUUGAUCCUGUAAUUGAACCCACAAUUGCUGAUGCUCCAGAUACUCAACUAAUCUCAAGAAGGCCAGUUUUAUUGCUUCUUUAAUCAGCAGAACAGUUUUCAGCUGUGCUAACAUAAUUGCAUAAGGGUUUUCUAAUGCUCAAUUAGCCUUUUUAAAAUGAUAAACUUGGAUUAGCAAUCACAACGUGCCAUUGGAACACAGGACUGAUGGUUGCUGAUAAUGGUCCUCUGUACGCCUAUGUAGAUAUUCUAUUAAAAAUCAGCCGUUUCCAGCUACAAUAGCCAAUUACAACAUUAACAAUGUCUACACUGUAUUUCUGAUCAAUUUGUUGUUAUUUUAAUGACAUUUCUAAGUGACCCCAAACUUUUGAACGGUAGUGUAUAUCUGACCAAAUUAUGAAAGAGAAGCAUUGUAUUUCUGAAUUCCAUAAAGUGAGUGUGGAAGAGGUGAAAAAAUGAUUGUCUAUCAACAAUGACAAGCCACCGGGGUCUGACGACUUGGAUGGAAAAUUACUGAGGAUAAUAGUGGACGAUAUUGCCACUUCUAUUUGCCAUAUUUUCAAUUUAAGCCUACUAGAAAGUGUGUUCCCCAGACCUGGAGGGAAGCAAAAGUCAUUCCGCUACCUAAGAAUAUUAAAGCCCCCUUUACUGGCUCAAAUAGCAGCCCAAUCAGCCUGUUACCAACCCUUAGUAAACUUUUGGAAAAAAUUGUUUUUGUCCAGAUACAAUGCUAUUUUACAGUAAACAAACUGACAACAGACUUUCAGCACGCUUAUAGGGAAGGACAUUCAACAAGCACAGCUCUUAGACAAAUGACUGAUUGGCUGAGAGAAAUUGAUGAUAAAAAGAUAGUGGGUGCUGUUAGACUUCAGUGUGGCUUUUGGCAUUAUCAAUCAUAGUCUGCUGCUGGAAAAAUGUAUGUGUUAUGGCUUUACACCCCCUGCUAUAUUGUGGAUAAAGAGUUUACCUGUCUAACAAAACACAAGGGUGUUCUUUAAUGGAAGCCUCUCCAACAUAAUCCAGGUAGAAUCAGGAAUUCCCCAGGGCAACUGUCUAGGCCCCUUACUUUUUUCAAUCUUUACUAACGACAUGCCACUGGCUUUGAGUAAAUCCAGUGUGUCUAUGUAUGCGGAUGACUCAACACGUCAGCUACUACAGCGACUGAAAUGACUGCAACACUUAACAAAGAGCUGCAGUUAGUUUCAGAGUGGGUCGCAAGGAAUAAGUUGGUCCUAAAUAUUUCUAAAGCUAAAAGCAUUGUAUUUGGGACAAAUCAUUCACUAAAUCUUGUAAUAAAUAAUGUGGAAAUUGAGCAAGUUGAGGUGACUAAACUGCUUGGAGUAACCCUGGAUUGUAAACUGUCAUGGUCAAAACAUAUUGAUUCAACAGUAGCUAAGCUGGGGAAAAGUCUGUCCAUAAUAAAGUGCUACUCUACCUUCUUAACAGCACUAUCAACAAGGCAGGUCCUACAGGCCCUAGUUUUGUCGCACAUGGACUACUGUUCAGUCGUGUGGUCAGGUGCCACAAAGAGGGACUUAGGGAAAUUGCAAUUGGCUCAGAACAUGGCAGCACGGCUGACCCUUGGAUGUACACAGAGAGCUAACAUUAAUAUGCAUGUCAAUCAGUCCUGGCUCAAAGUGGAGGAGAGAUUGACUUCAUCACUACUUGUAUUUAUGAGAGGUAUUGACAUAAUAGCUCUCAUAAAUGUUGAGUGCACCGAGCUAUCUGUUUGGGCUACUGGCGCACAGCUCGGACACCCAUGCAUACCCCACAAGACAUGCCACAGGAGGUCUCUUCACAGUCCCCAACUGAUAUUGGCACGAGAUGGAGGGAAUGUUGGAACCUAAUUAAUGAAAUUAGUUAUUUUCUCGUCAAUUAUCUUUUAAAAAUAAACAUUAAAGCAAUGGAAAGGUCAAAUGCUUUAUUAUCAAAAAAUGUAAAGUGCGUGGGCUACGGAGAUAAACAAAAUGGUGCAGUUUGAGGCCAUGUGGCGGAAAGUGAUGCAUGUUCUGGAGAUGGGUGUGAGCUUGUGGGUCUGGGCAGGUGUGAUGUAGUUGAUGUUUGUAUGAUGUUGUCAUUUGUAUGUGAAUGGAUUGUUUAUAAAAUAUAAAAUAAAAUCAGACUUAUUUUUUAUUAAUGUUAAGAACAAUUGUCCAUUUGUAACAUCGCUAGUGUAAACCUAUGUUCACAGCUAUCCAUUAUGUUAAAUGCUAGUUGAAAAGUACCAGUGGCCUGGCCUUGGCCUGGAGUAGCAGCAGGUCCACUGAGGCCAUGGCCCAGUGAGUCGCUGGGCCUUGGCAGUGGAAACACAAAAAUCUGAGGCUUUUUGGUAAAACACUGGGGUAAAUCUUCAGUGGAAUUGCACCAUUACUGUAACAUAUAUAACUCUGUCCCUCUGUCUCUGUCUGUCACUUUCUCACUCUCUCGCUCACAGGUGUUUGCUGUGGACUGGAGUCCUGAUGGUCAGAGAGUAGUCAGCGGAGGAAAAGACAAGUGUCUCAGAAUGUAAGUCCCUCUCACACACACUAACUUCCUCACACGCUCUCUCUCUCGUGGUCAGUAGAGUAACAGCUCUAUUUCCUGUAUCUUAACAGAUGGAGGAGGUAGCCACACCAAUCACAUGCCUUACUAGCCCCUGUCUCCACCAAUCAGGAGGCCAGGAUGACUGACAGGAUGCGGGGCCAGCGGUCUGAGACGUCCUGGUCCUACAUUGGACCAUAAUGCCCUGCUUUUAACUGUCAACAACAGCCACACUUACUGAGGACUGCUGAUCAAUGUGAUGUAGGAGGAAGAAAGGAAAGGGAGAGAGUGAUGAGAAAUGGAGAGGAGGAUAUAACUAGAGGUAUGGAAGUAGGGGUGGCAUUAGUGGAGGGAGCCUGGGGCUAGUAAGGUACGAUAUCUAAUAUAUGUGUGUGUUGACGUCUAUACCUGAGCCUUAGCUGGCAGGUACACAGCAGGGGGACUGUAGGAGUAAAGGAGUCUUAAUACAGCUUGUUGGAACACCUGGUGUCUUCUACUAUUGCAUUCUCUCAAGGUUGUUAUAGGAAAGUAAAACUAAUCAGGAAAAACCAUUUAGUAAACUGAAAUAAAUAUAAUUAACAAACCCUUUUGAAAAAUGAAAACUAUACUGAAACUAACUACAAUAAAAAUAAAAACCAUAAUGAAUUAUGUUCAGUUUUACUUCAUUUUUAAAAAGUUCUGGCAAAAUCUAAUGGGGGGGGGGGGGGGGGGGUUCAAGCUACUGAAUCUGGAGGGUAAAUGCUGCCAGGAGAUGGCGAUAUUUCAAAUGGGCCUAGCUUGUGCAUUUUUAUCACUAGGUUAGGUUUAAACUAUAAUUGUGACUUGGAUAUAAAAGGAAUAGUGCCGAGACUGGUGCCAAAAAUAUGGUGGAAGGAAACCCUCUCUCGCACAUCCAAUACUUUUCAACUUUAGUAGUAUAUUUUGUACUACUACCUAGCAAUUUUUGACCCAUCACCUUUUGUAUUGCUGCCCCCCAGUGGCAAGAAGUUACAUCCACCCCCCUAGCCUCCCACGCAUGCUUUCUGUCCAUGAAACUAUAUACAAACGAAAUAGCAAUAUUUAAGUGAUAAUGCCCUCGAAGCUGGUAUUUGGAAGAUAUAUUGGCACGGGUGCCAAUAUAUCCUCCAAACACCGGCUUUGAGGGCAUUAUCAUUUUAUGCAACAGGUUACCAACAUAUUCAAAUAAUGAUUGACAUAUUUUCAUUAAAUGUUAUUUUGAUUAAUUAAUUUAUACUAUUUCAUCCUUCCACAAUAUAUAGUCCCGACGCAAUUCUAGGAUUGCUACCCAAGCCGGCUGGUCAUUCGUUCCAUCGGAUCGGUUGCUAGAGACGCGACCCAGUCGUUCAGUCGUUCGUUCUACAUGUUCCAUUCCUUGUGGAAGAGACGUGCUGGAAUGUGGUUUUAACCAAUAAGCAUUCAGGAUUAGACCCACCCGUUGUGUAAUUCUAUACUAUAAUAACAUUUCUCUUACUGGCUGCUUCUGACCUGCUGGUUCUCUCUUGACUAAUACAUCCUUCUUUCCUGACACUGCUGUGUCUCUGCUCUAAUCCUCUCUGUGGGCAGUCAGCUGCUAGGCUAAAGGGCUAAGUCCUGCUCUGCUGCUUCCCUCUACUUAAGUGACAGGACAGUUAGUGACAGGAUUGUUAGCUGCUCUGCUCUAUGACUGACUGGUCCUCUAUACCUAGCCUGAUGGCUCUACUGUUUUAACAGUUAUUUGCUGUGUCUGAUAGUCUGAUCUAGUCCCUGUCUGAAGGACCACUUCCUCCCUCUGUAUUCUAUUAUGUAAACCGAGAUUAUAGUGUUUCAUUAUUAAACACAGUAGAUAUAAAAAGUUCUGAGUACUGUCAUUUUGUGGAAGUCUGUCUGUGUGUGUUUGUGCCGUAGUUUAUAGAACCAGAGAGGAAUAUAAAGUACUCUUUCACAGAACUGUCUGUUUAGGAGAUGGAACCGACUGUGAUUGGUUGAUCAAACUUCAAGAACAGACACUGAUUGGGUGACCGCAUGCUUAUUUUGACGCAGAAUUAAAUCUACCAGUUUUGGACUAAAGCAGGGAUUAAUUGAAAGGCACCUUGUAGAGAAGCACAUGGCUCUUGGCUUUCAAAGUUAAUUUACCCUUGAGACGACAUCUGCAGCAUGCUCCUUUUAAAAGGAGCAUUGUCCACAUAGUCAUAGGUGCCUGAGCAAACGGAGCAGCUGCACCCCUACUUUCAAAAUAGGGGUCCAAAUGCAUGUUUUUGCACCCCCACUUUUUUACCAGAAAAUUAUCAUGAUCCCUUGGGGAAUUUGUAAUUUUCAAUGAUUGUUUUGAGCUAGUCUGUAUUAAAAUACACUGAACAAAAAUAUAAACAUGCAACAAUUUAAAAUAUUUUACUAAGUUACAGUUCAUAUAAGGAAAUCAGUCAAUUUAAAUAAAUUCAUUAGGCCCUAGUAUAUGGAUUUCACAUGACUGGGAAUACAGAAAUGCAUCUGUUGGUCAUAGACACCUUAAAAAUAAAAAGUAGGGGCAUGGAUCAGAAAAGCAGUCUGUAUCUGGUGUGACCACCAUUUACCUUAUGCAGCGCGACACACCGAGUUGAUCAGGCUGUUGAUUUGUGGCCUGUGGAAUGUUGUCCCACUGCUGUUCAAUGGCUGUGCGAGUUUGCUGGAUAUUGGCCGGGAACUGGAACACGCUGUUGUACACGUCGAUCCAGAGUAUCCCAAACAUGCUCAAUGGGUGACAUAUCUGGUGAGUAUGCAGGCCAUGGAAGAACUGGGACAUUUUCCAGGAAUUGUGUACAUAUCCGUGCGACAUGGGGCUGUGCAUUAUCAUGCUGAAACAUGAGGUGAUGGCGGUGGAUGAAUGGCACGUCAAUGGGCCUCAGGAACUCGUCACAGUAUCUCAAAUUGCCGUUGAUAAAAUGCAGUUGUGUUCGUUGACCACAACCCCACCCCCACCAUGGGGCACUCUGUUCACAACGUUGACAUCAGCAAACCGCUCGCCCACACAACGCCAUCUGCCCGGUACAGAUGAAACCGGGAUUCAUCAGUGAGGAGCACACUUCUCCAGCGUGCCAGUGGCCAUCGAAGGUGAGCAUUUUCCCACUGAAGUCGAUAACGACACCGAACUGCAGUCAGGUCAAGACCCUGGUGAGGACAACUGGCAUGCAGAUGAGCUUCCCUGAGACGGUUUCUGACAGUUUUUGCAGAAAUUCUUUGUUUGUGCAAACCCACAGUUUCAUCAGCUGUCCGGGUGGCUGGUCUCAGACAAUCCCGCAGGUGAAGAAGCCAGAUAUGGAGGUCCUGGGCUGGCGUGGUUAAACGUGGUAUAUAGAUGGAUGGAUAGAUAGAUCUAUAUAUAUAUAUAUAUAUAUAUAUAUAUAUCCCACCAAAUUAGUGCACAAGGCCUUUAUUACCAGUAUGAGCAGAGAAAAAUGCUCCUCAGCACCCCCUUUUAGUUUCUCAUCUUAAAAAGGCAAGAUUCUCAAGGUAGGCUACACUAAUGUGUGAUUUUAAGAACCAAACGCAAUUACAUUAUGUAUGCAGACAGUGCUGUUCUUUUGUUUCUAUUCAUCAAACUAGGCCUACACAAUAACAGAAUAUGCAGGCAGUAGCCUAAAUGAGUAGCUCGCAAAACAAUGUUUCGUAUGAAGUAGCUCUUAUGAAAAAGGUUGGAGACCCCUGCUCUAGCCCAAACUGUUCAAAUAUGACCCAUAUUACCUGAACUAUAUUUAAUUAUUUUUAUUGAAGAUUCGGUCUGCAAUUUGUAUAUACAUAUAUAUAUAUAUAUAUAUAUAUAUUAGUGCUAUGAAAAAGUAUUUGUCCCCUUUCUAAUUUUCUCUACUUUUGCAUAUUUGUGAUACUGAAUGUUAUCAGAUCUUCAACCAAAACCUAAUAUUAGAUAAAGGGAACAUAAGUCAACAAAUAACACAACAAUUACAUAUUUAUUUCAUUUAUUUCAUAAACAAAGUUAUGCAACACCCAAUUCCCCUGUGUGAAAAAGUAAUUGCCCCCUUACACUCAAUAACUGGUUGUGCCACCUUUAGCUGCAAUGACUCUAACCAAAUGCUUCCUGUAGUUGUUGAUCAGCCUCUCACAUCGCUGUGGAGGAAUUUUGGCCCACUCUUCCAUGCAGAACUGCUUUAACUCAGUGACGUGUGGGUUUUCAAGCAUGAACUGCUAGUUUCAAGUCCUGCCACAACAUCUCAAUUGGGAUUAGGUCUGGACUUUGACUAGGCCAUUCCAAAACAUCCAAUUUGUUGCUUUUUAGCAACUUUCAUGUUCUAUUAAGGCAAGUCGUCCAGGUCCUGAGGCAGCAAAGCAUCCCCAAACCAUCACACCACCAUGCUUGACCUUUGGUAUGAUGUUCUUACUGUGGAAUGCAGAGUUUGGUUUGUAUGACAUGGUUCCAGUAAUGCCUGGCAAAAACCAAACUCUGCAUUCCACAGUAAGAACAUCAUACCAGAGUUUGGUUUUUGCCAGGCAUUACUGGAACUAUGUCGUACAAACCAAACUGCCAUGGCAGGUACUGUUGUCCUGAGUCACCGUAGCCACUUCCUCAAAAUAGUCAGAAUUAAUCUAAGAUAAAUCAAGAAAUAUGUAAUGAAUUUAGAUGUUUUUGCAGAGGAGAUCUUAGUCGCGCAAUUUUACAUCUAGCUAAGGUGUUUGGUGCUGUUUUUAUUUAUUUAAAAAAAUAUGCAGGGAAAAACUAGUCAGUGCACUGCAUACAGUCUCGAGUCAGGUCUGGCUGCGCGCUCAGGACUGAUUUCUGAAAACAAUAACAUGUCUAACUUCAUCUGCAAGCUGUCAAACUAUCAUAAAUAAAGCACAAGCGACACUGUCUGGCAGUGUUUCAUAGCGAAUCAUGUUACAAAACAGUUCUCGGGAUACACAAGAUGCUCACAAAUUGGUUUUGUAAUAUUUACAAGCUGUAGUUACAAGUGCAUUCUGAUUGUCUCAAUUCUCAUUUUGCCCCCAAAAAGUGGCACGUCAGCAAUCUAGUCAUUCCCUCUGCUCCAAUCCCUCUCUUCUGUCCUCCUCCUGCCCCCGAUCAGACUUUGAGUAGUUUGACCACCUCUUCAUAGAUGACAAACACGAUAACCACAUCUAGACACACCCUGCCUAGCCUCAGCACCGUACCCUUAUAGAACCUAGCCCCACACACGCACACACACAGAGAGGGUGAGAGGGUUAGACGAUGACCAUAUCUAAGCGACAAAGAGAGUGGAGGAAGAGCAAUGGAGAGAGGGAGUGUAGCAUAGAGUUACUCACAGCUGUGGUCCUUCGUUCUUGAGGAUCUGGAAGGCACAGUCCAUCGUGCUGCUGUACCGGUGGACCUCCAACCACUGCAUUAGGUUUGGGUGGUAAACUGGGGCAUUUUGAAGUACCGAAGGUGUUCUUUUUUUAAAAUUCACAAAAAUUCAAUUGAGCCAGUCACAUGGUUUGAUUGUUUUACAAAAAGCACAUGGAACAAACGUGACGCGAAGAUACACUGUUGAGCAGCACUAGAGGUGAUCAAGUUACACUUGAAAUUCACUACUACUGUUUGCCUGCUAAAUAUCGUGUAACUAUUAGUUGACUAUCUAAGAUGUGCCAAAUACAUUUUCUCCAACUCAGGGCUCCAGCUAUGCAUUUGGUUUGCUAACGUUAGGUGGCUAGCUUGCAUUAUCAAGCUUCUUCUGUAUCUCACACACCUGUAAAUCCUACAAAUUCCUAAACACACACACAGUGCUUCGAUGUGUACCUGCAUCCUGGUCUUGACCACGUCCAGAAGAGUGUUUCCAAACACCCUAGCAGCUCUGCACGUCGUCCUGAGCAUCACCGUGACAAUAGGGUGCAUCUCCCGCCGGAGGUCGUCUCCUAGGAAAUGCACGCCCUGGGGUCAGACUGGAGUCAAACUGACCUCCACCCUCCGUCAGGUUCUGAGCUAUGACUGGUGUCGUACCAGAGAUGGUGAUUGGUCCAGAGACAGGAAGUGA